AUGAAAAAAUCAGAUGAUGGGCUCAUGAGAAAGCAUGUUCGGUUCAUUAAGCAUUCUAGUAAUUUUGAUACAAAGACCAAAUUAGCAGCUUCAUCACUGCUUGAAACUCUCUGCAACUUAAAGAUAAUUUUGACUGUGCAUGUGUUUCUCAUUAUAUUUGAGGCAGUUGGUCUGAAAACACUGAUUUUCUUACUGUUAAUAGACACUGGAAUACAACAGCCAAUACCUUUGGUAGUUAAAGCAAAUAGAACUGGACUUGGCAAAGAAGCAGAAGAUAAAAUUCAAGCUGAAAAAAAGCAAGCUUUCUAUCUAGCUAUGGUUAAAAGAAAAGCAGAGGAAGCAGAAAAUGCAAAAACUGACUUCCAACAGUAUGCAAGGAACAAAAUGGCUCAGAAAAACCUUUUUGUUGACUUGAGAAAUAGCCAGAAAGCAUGUGAACAACUGGAUAAGAGCAAAGAUAUUGAAGUACCACAUGAGCCAUGGUUCUGGCCAUACAGUGAAGUGGCUGAUGACAACAACUUGAGUGAAUCUGAUGAUGAUGAUGAUAAUUUUGAAAAGGAGGAAGAAGUGGAAUUAGAUCCAUCAGAAAAACUGGAAAUAUUAACUGUUUACCUCAGAAGUAUACAUUUUUAUUGUGUAUGGUGUGGCACAACAUAUGAAGGUGAGAAUUUUAAAUAA